UUUCAGCUGCAAAAAGCUCGACAGCGACCGUGAGGAGGAGUUCACAUCACUGCUUCAUCAACAGUCUGGUAACUGGUGUUGUUUGGAAGCUUCUGUGGCUCCAAACAGGUCACACAGCUUCUCGUCUUCUCAUCCAGCGGGUCAGCAGACGUUACCGAUGGUUCUCCUGAAAGACCUCCGUCCUCCCACCGAGGGAGUCCGGCAUGAACAAGCCGAGACCACCGCGGUGCUGGACGGCCUGAAGCUCGGCUGCGGGACGCUCUACGUCACCGAGACGCGCCUGUCAUGGUUCGACGGCUCGGGAAUGGGUUUCUGUCUGGAGUAUCCCACCAUCGGCCUGCACGCCAUCUCCAGAGAUGUCAGCGCUUACCCACAGGAGCACCUGUACGUCAUGGUCAACGGCAAACUCUCGGGCGACAAUGAGGCUGAAAUGGCAGAGAAAGCCGCUGAUGAUGAAGACGAAGACGCCAGCAAUGACAGCAGCGGUGAUGAUGAUGAUGAAGAGGGAGCGAUCACAGAGAUUCGGUUUGUUCCCAGCGACAAGGUGGCAUUGGACUCCAUGUUCUCAGCGAUGUGUGAGUGCCAGGCGCUGCACCCCGACCCAGAGGACGACGACUCCGACAACGACUUCGAAGGAGAGGAGUACGACGUAGAGGAGGCCGAAGCAGAGCACGGCCACGCUGACAUCCCGACCUUCUACACCUGUGAUGAGGGUCUGUCGGCGCUCACGCAGGAGGGCCAGGCCACACUGGAGAGGCUGGAGGGGAUGUUAGCCCAGUCCGUCGCUCAGCAGUACCACAUGGCCGGCGUCCGAACCGAAGAAACCAACCCCGAAUUUGAAGAUGGUAUGGAGGUGGAUGCAGCAGCGAUGGAGGCCGGUCAGUUUGAGGACGCAGACGUCGAGCACUGAUGGAAGUCAUCUCAGCGGCCAAUGAAAGCACCAGUGUUGCAUCAUGGGAUUGGAGGAGAGGACAGCAGCACUUGUUUAAAGACUCAAAGCUCUUACUCGUACUCUCUCUUGUCAAACAAAGCUUUUCCCAUGUAAGUCAUCUCACUAGUCUUUCGUAGCUUCCUACAAGUUCUCUUGUUGCAUUGUGUUGUUGUUUUUUCUGCUCACCUUCAUCUCUUCUAAUUUUGUCAUUUAAGUCAUAUGAAUAAAGUCAGCUACUGUAGACUAUUGAGAUGCAGUCCAAGAUCCUAUCGUUGACUGUAAAAACAAAAGUUUCUGUUUUGUACCUAACGAGCAAUUUAAUAUCUGAUUUUCCUGGUGCCGAAAAUUAAUGUCUUUGUAUGAAAUUGUCAAUAAAUGCAUAGUUUUUGUAUGA